UUAAUCAUGUCCGCUCUUGUCAGUUUCAACGCCGGUAGAGUCUCGUACAGCGAAGCGACCAAGAAGUGCACCCCCGAGCCGUUGAAGGGGAAAAUCACAAUCAAGGCGUCCGAAGAGGGCGACUUCUUCUACGAUUUCACAUGGGCGCCGCGCGAAUCCACCCCGGGUGUGGUCAGCGACGAGCUCUUGGUCAUUGCGGGCGAUGUGCAAUGGAAACACAUCGCGUCGUGCAAGACCGGAAGAGUGUUCAGCUUGACGUUUUUGUCGUCUGGCGCCAAGAACUUAUACUGGAUGCAAGAUCUCAAUGACGAUGAAAAUGACGAGCCGUCGCAACUCUCCAAGAAGGACUUGGAGAUCUCGGCCAAGAUCACCAAGCUCUUUUUGGAAGAGGAAGAAAAGGAAGUCCCUGCUAAAGAACCAGACACCCCGGCUCCCGCCCAGAUGUUUGCUCCUUUGAACUCGAUCACCGACGCCAUCUCUCCCCUGUUGAUUGAAAAGUAUGUGAAUUCGCUUUCCCUGGAGGAAUUAGAGCCACUCUUUAAUCAUUUACCAGAAUCACACGAGAGAAACAAGCAAAGCUUGUUGAAUGUGUUAAAGUCGGGGUUUUUCUUGACGUCUGCUAGCAAGUUGGACGAAGCCUUGGCCAACGGAGCAGGCAUGGUGGUCAGCCAGGCUUUGGGGACCAACUACAAAGGCGAGGGGAUUGAAUGUUUCUUGAACGCAGUAAGGGAACAGGGCAAGAAAGAAAAGGAGCAGAAGGAGGAAAAUUAAUAGGCAUACAAGUUGUGAUUGAAGUUAGAUGUAUUUAUAACUCAUAAUUAAUCCCAGGCCCAUACCGGAGAGACAGCUAGUGGAAAAUCUAUGUGCGUUGAUUGGCCUUUAUUAAUAUCCUGAAAAGUAUCUGUAUAGAAGUUUGGUUUCGAACGUGAUACUACAC